GGUCUCUUGUUGCCUUCUGCCAGUCCGGGGUCGCAGACCCCGCAGCAGGGCGUGGUCUGGGACCUGGCGGACUUGCGGCCACUGCAGGGAGGUAGUGGACGGGCAGGUCGCGCCGAGGGCGGCAGGACCUCAGCAGCGCAGGUUCCCAUGCUAGAGGUCGCGGGCGCGCGCAGAUCCGAGGCCGAGGGACGCGCUCUCGGCCAGCGAGGGGAGCCGGGAGGCUGCGGGAGGGAUCGGGCAGGGACCGCCAUGAGUCGGAACCGAAGCCCGUCUGUAGGAAUGAGCGGUCGCAGGCUUUGACAGAACUGCUCAAAACCGGGAGUAGAGCCAGAGCGGUGGCGUCCCGGGCUGGGGCGUGGGUGCAGGUGGUGGCGCUGACCUGAGAGGGGUGAAGGAGGAAGCGCAUGCGUGGGAAGGCGACACCGCGGCGGGUGGCGGGACAAGUCGAGGUAAGACCUGGAGCUCAGGCGCAGGUCUGGAAGCCACGUCAGUUACCUUGCAGUGUGGUGGGCACCUCGGGAAUGGGCGGGCCGUCGGGCUCCGGGUCACAGGCACUGAGACGUUAUGGGUACCAGGGCGGUGGUAGGUAGGGCGCCCAGGGCGGACGAGGCGUACUCUAACACGCAACUGUUUUGUCACAGUUCUGAUAAGCGAUAGGAGGGACACAGGUUCCAGGAACCUGUUUGAUGGGGGUGACAGGUGUGGAGGUCGUGAAGGUUUAGCUAAGUUACACGCGUGAGCUGAACGCUCAAGAGUGAGUGGGAAUUAGCCAGAGACAAAGCUGAGAACAGCGUGCACAGACCCUCCGGCGGCAGGAGACGGUGUGUUUGGGCAGUAGCACCGUCGUCCGCCUGCCUAAAGCACGGAUAAGCCUUCUUGACGAGACCGACGCAGUAAGAAGCUGGUGAGGAGACUACAACCAAAUUGUGCAGUCUUCCCCAACGGAAUUUUGUCCUUGUCCUAAUGCAUAAGCUCAAAUCAUCUCAGAAGGACAAAGUCCGCCAGUUCAUGGCAUGUACUCAGACUGGUGAAAGAACCGCUAUCAACUGCUUAACACAGAAUGAGUGGAAACUAGAGGAGGCCACGGACAGCUUCUUCCAAAACCCAGACUCAUUCCACAGGGAAUCAACACGGAACGUGGUGGACAGGAAGAAGCUGGAGCAGCUGUACAGCAGAUACAAAGACUCACAAGAUGAAAACAAAAUUGGAAUUGAUGGGAUCCAACAAUUUUGUGAUGAUUUAAGCCUGGACCCUGCCAGUAUCAGUGUUUUGGUCAUAGCGUGGAAAUUCAGGGCAGAAACUCAAUGUGAAUUUAGCAAAAAGGAAUUUGUAGAUGGCAUGACAGAGCUUGGGUGCGAUAGCACAGAGAAGCUAAAGGCUCUUCUGCCAAGACUGGAACAAGAGCUUAAGGACACAGCGAAGUUUAAAGACUUUUAUCAGUUUACUUUUACCUUUGCUAAGAACCCUGGGCAAAAAGGUUUAGAUUUAGAAAUGGCUGUUGCAUACUGGAAAUUAGUACUAUCUGGAAGAUUUAAAUUCUUAGAUCUUUGGAACACAUUCCUGCUGGAACAUCACAAAAGAUCGAUUCCGAGGGACACUUGGAAUCUUCUGCUAGAUUUUGGAAACAUGAUUGCAGAUGACAUGUCUAACUACGAUGAAGAAGGAGCAUGGCCAGUUCUUAUAGACGAUUUUGUAGAAUAUGCACGGCCAGUAGUCACAGGUGGGAAACGCAGCCCUUUCUAGGCAGAAAAUUCAGAUGGAUUGAGAUUAUAAAAUGAACUUCACCCUGCAAGGAGACAAAGUGUGCAGCUGUGCUGACUGCAGAGGCCGGUCCCCCACGACCAGUCCUGGGGUGGAAUAGCCAUCGGCUCUGCUUCAGGACACAGUGGAGGUUUGUGGGCACUGUGAGCAGGUCCUCAGAAGACAGCUGCUUUGGAAUGUUUGGAGAUUUGUCAUCGUAGCUGUUGCUAGGAGAUUUCCACAUGAUUUUCGUACUUACAAAAAAGUGACAGAGCCCGUUUGCAGGAGCGCAGAACAUGCUGCUUUAGUUCAUGACUUAAGGCAAACACCAGCAGUUAGCAAAACUCCUGUCUACUCUUACCGUAACAUCACUUAAAAACAUUAUUUGCAUCCUCGGCAGAAUGUUGUAUUUUUAUACAAGUCAAAGAUGUUAAAAAUAUGCAGUAAGGAAGAUGAUCUUGCCACAGAGUCUAAUGUUUUCUAAACUUAGUGCCAGUAAUUCAAGAUUUAUAUUUUAUGAUUACCAGAUACAUUUUUGUUUUCAUUUUCUCUAGAUGUUCAUCUGAAAUUUAUUUUAUCAUUUUUGACAAACGUUGCAGUUUGCCCGGUGAUGGCAGGUACAGUGGCUCCAGCAGAGCUUUAUUUUAAACUGCAUAUAACUGUGGGCCUGUUUUACUUCCAGUAAUGUUAUUUGAACUUACUCAGAAAUUUCAUAAAGUAUUUUAAAAUAUAUUUUGUUACAUUUGAAGAGAUGUUUUUCCAUGGAAAAUAUCUCUUUCAUGAGUGAUGAAUUAUAGAUUUAAAAAUCAAAUGUGUUGGAUCCUUUCCCCUACCUGUGAUGUCAUAGUGUCCAGCGUCCAGCCUUCUGUGCAGUCGUGCACGUUUGGAAGCUAAAAUGUACAUCGUUGUUCACAAAAUCCCCACACCUUUAUCCUAUUUGUGGACCGAAGUCUGUCUUUGCACCAUGUUGGCUUCUGUCCCUGGUGUUUGCCCGGUCAGGGGAGCACACUGGUGCAGCUCAGGCAUGGAGUGCCGAAUGGGCCUGGUCAGCUGGAGUCGUGAUGUCCUCACUAUGUUGACCCUACCUCACCUUUGCCAAGACCUUCGAGUCACCAGCAUGCCUUGCUGCCCUGUCUUCAGCACCGAGCGGGAAGCAGGAAAGUUAUCCCAGACCUGCCACUUGACUGGCUUUUGGAAACCUCUCCUGACAACCCAAGGCUUGUGCACUCGGUGGGGGUGAACUGGUGCUUCUAAACAGAGACCCUCUGGGGCAGCGAGCAGGGCACAAGGACAGGCUACAGGGAUGGGCCCUGCCUGGAUGAGGGACCUGAGGACUGGUCUCGGGAUGGGCAAGUCACAUGCCUUCCUCAGGCUCUGCGUCCAAACCCGCAAGAGGGAAACGUGGCCAUCUCUACCUUUAAAAAUCUAUGAUUCUCAGAGAGCAUUUAUUUAAUAUAAUAACAACUUCAAAAAUGUUAAA